UGAUCCACUUGUAAUGGCUUUUUUCACAAGAACCGAUCCCUGUUCCCACAGCUUGCUUAGAGUGAGGUACAGACAAACAGAGGACAGUAGAAGAAGACGCCGGAGCAGAGGACUAUAUCUGGAGAUUACACAUCUGGACUUCCUCUGCAAGAAUGACUUCUCUGCCUACAGGUUUCCCCAUUAAAUUCACCACUGACGCUUUAUACGGAGGUGAAAACAACACAAAUGCCACUCGGUGUAAAGCAGAACUCAGUGAGUGGCAUUCUACUGUGCUGCCGGUGUACAUCCUGGUCAUCAGUGUGCUGGGAAUCGUGUUAAAUGCUUUUGUUCUGAUGGUUUUCUGCUUGCACAAGAAGGCCUGCAACGUGCCUGAGAUCUACUUGAGCAACCUAGCUGCUGCUGAUCUCAUCCUAAUGAUUUGUUUGCCCUUCUGGGCUAAGUAUGCAGCCAAUAAAUUCAGCUGGCCUUUUGAUCUACCCCUGUGCCGACUGGUCACCCUUUCCAUCAACAUGAACGCCUACUGCAGCAUCUACUUCCUGGUUCUGAUUAGCGUGGAUCGUUGUUUGGCACUGGUGCACCCACUGUCCCAUGAUCGACUACGUAGGCCAAAAUAUGCCAAAAUGGGCUGUGUGCUGGUGUGGGGUUUCGGCUUCCUCCUGGGUGUCCCCACCCUUGUCUACAGGGAUGUGAAAGAACAGUCUAAAUCAAAAGUAUGCUUUCUUAAUUACCCAAAUUCCACUGCACGGAUUGUGUCUAAUGGCAUGUUGAUGACAUUCGGCUUCAUUAUCCCCAUCUCAAUUAUCUCCUACUGCACUUUCAAGAUUAUUCAAGCACUGAAUGAUAGGCCAAUGGAGGCAGUGAGCACUGAGAAGACAGAGAGGAAGGCUACAACUCUGGUGCUGGCGGUCCUCAUUGCAUUUCUGAUCUGCUGGUUGCCGUUCCACCUGUUGAAGAUCCCAAAGGCACUACAAGUUGCUAAAGUUCUGAGAGGGUGUGGCGCCAUAGCCAUCAUAAACACCUGUGGACAUGUCUUCAUGUACUUAGCCUUCUUCAACAGUGUUCUUAACCCCAUCCUCUACGUCAUCGUUGGAGAGAACUUCCGGAAAAAAAUUCGGGAACUCUGCAAGCAGUGGCAAAAUAACAGGUCACUGACUCGCAACACCUACUACACACGCUCACAUCUGUCGAGAAGUAAUACCUCUAGGCAUAGCUAACCAGGGUUUUUUUUUCUUCAGACAGUUUCACAUAAAAGAAUAUAUUUUUACCAUUUAAAAUAUGGUGAGGUUUAAAGGCCUAUUUGUUUGUUUGCUCCAGGCAAAAUAUAACCCCGCUAUAUAAAUUACUCAGUGAUUUAUCAGCCUGGUCUCAUUCCCAACUUUGGCACUUGGUCAUUAGACACCAGUGCACAGAGGCACACAUUAACAGCAGUAUGAGUUGACUAACACUGUAG